GCUAGUCCUGCUUGCACAUGCGGUCAUAGCUCUACCCCACAUACCGGGAGAACGAUAUGGAGAUCCUCAUACCCAGAAACAUGGGAAGGCACCUGCAACCUGCCGAGCAGAGACAUCCGUCCUUGACUACGGCGCCAAGAAGCGUGAGGAGUAUCAACUCCCCGUCUGUCCCUUUGCCAAGGAAGAGUCGUCAGAAGCCAGCAUGAGCCUGACGACUCUAAUGGCAAGGCAGUCUGUCAACGAUGAUGACUACUCGUGUGGACCGGAAAGGCCAUGCAGGAACAAAGCCUGCUGCCCCAAGGCAACGCUGUACUGCAACUACGGGGAAAAGUACUGCGGGACGAACGGCCAGAGUCCAAACGAUGUGUGCUGGUCAAACUGCAAUGCCAAGGCCGAGUGCGGCGAAAAUUCUGACCCGCCUGGCAAGAAAUGCCCCCUUAACGUCUGCUGCUCAGAGUACGGAUUCUGCGGCACCGCGGCGGACUUUUGCGGCAAAGGCUGCCAGAGCAACUGCGACAAGCCCACCCCCAAGGGCUCAUCAAGCGACAUACAGAAGAGGGUCAUUGGGUACUAUGAAGGAUGGGCGCACGAUAGAAAAUGCCAGGACAUGGACUUCAACAAGAUCCCCGUCGGCGCCUUCACCCAUCUCUACUUCUCCUUUGCCUUUAUCACGCCCGGCGAUUUCAACAUCGCGCCCAUGGACGAUCUGGACCCGGAGCUCUUUACCAAGUUCACCGAGGUCAAGAAGCGCAACUCGGGCCUGCAGACCGUCGUGGCGCUCGGCGGAUGGACCUUCAACGACCCCGGCCCGUUCCAGACGGUGUUCAGCGACCUCGUCGGCAGCAAGGAGAACCGGGGCAAGUUCAUCGAGAACUUGUUUGCCUUUAUGCGCAAGUUUGCCUUUGAUGGCGUUGACUUUGACUGGGAAUAUCCUGGCGCAGACGACCGCGGCGGAAAGCCAGAUGACGGGAAGAACUUUGUAACCUUCCUGAAAGAGCUAAACGACUACAACAAAAAGCAGACAAGACACUAUGUUGUGUCCUUCACGGCUCCCACCAGUUAUUGGUACCUGAGGCAUUUUGAUCUCAAAGUCGUCGAUUAUGUCGACUUCGUCAACGUUAUGAGCUACGACCUCCACGGUAUCUGGGACAGGGAGAACCCCAUCGGGAACAACGUCCUGGCCCACACCAACCUCACAGAGAUCAAGAUGGCGUUCGAGCUGUUCUGGCGGAACGACGUCCCCCCGAGCAAGCUGAACCUCGGCUUCGGCUUCUACGGGCGCAGCUUCCAGCUCUCGGACCCUUCGUGCUACAAGCCCGGCUGCAAGUUCAAGGGCGGGGCCGCCCCGGGGCCCUGCAGCAAGAACUCGGGCACGCUGACGUACCGCGAGAUCCAGCAGGUGAUCAAGGACAACAAGCUGAAGCCGUACCACCUCAAGGAGGAGGCGGUCAAGUACAUCACCUGGAACGGGGACCAGUGGAUCUCGUACGACGACGAGGAGACCUUCCAGGCCAAAAUCAAGUGGGCCAACGAGAUUGGGCUCGGGGGGAUGCUGAUAUGGGCCGUGGACCAAGACACGGACGAGCUGGAGGCCCUCUCGGCCCUGCUCAAGCCCAAGACCCUCAAGCAGUUCCAAAAGGCCGGGGGGAACGCCGCGUACUGGGCCGACGCGACGGUGCCGAGCUGCUACGUGACCAGCUGCGGCGGCAAGUGCAAGGCCGGCUUCGUCAAAGUCACCACGCAGCCGUGCGGCAGCAGCGACUGGAAGUUCCAGGCCACCGAGGACGACAGCCAGCUGUGCUGCCCGAUCCAGGGCGCGCCCAACCCGAAGGACUGCACGUGGAGGGGCGGCUCCGACACGGUCGCCACCUUUUGCAACGGCCACUGCCACGACGACGAGGUGACGAUGCAGCUGAACCGCUGGGGGGACCACAGCCAGUACUGCUUCGACGGGAACAAGGCCUACUGCUGCAAGAGCCCGCUGGGGCAGGAGAACAAGUGCUACUGGGCCGGUGUAGGCCAGAAGUGCAACGGCGACGACGUGCCCAUGACCUUUUCGGGGACCUUCCUCUCCACCCUCGCCGACGUCGUGGGCGCCAUCGUCAAGGUCUUCGGGCGCGCCGUGCCCCUCGUCGGCGUCAUCGGCACCCCUCUCUACGCGGUGCUCGAGAUCCUCGACAUGGAGCUCAACAAGUACUACUGCUGCCCCAAGGACGACGCCGAGAACUGGGAGGACUGCCAGUGGUACGGCGACGUCGACUCGUCCGACACGUGCUUCGACAACCACUGCCCCGUCGACGCGCGCUCGGUCCAGCUGACCGACAGCCCCUACGGCCUCGGGGAGAGCUGCGCCCCCCGGCUGGAGCGGACCCGCGUCUUCUGCUGCAAGCCCAAGAACGGCAAGUCGGCCUUCCUGCCGGUCCCGCUACAGAACUUGUUUGCGAACCCGCCCACGGGUGACGACGUCGACACCGAGUUCGACCUCAACAUCGACGACACGUGGGGCACGGGCACGUCCAAGACGCACGACGACGGCGACGACCCCGGCGACGCGGCCUUCAACUUUUACGUCAUGGCCUCGCCCGACGAGAUCCAGAUCUCGCUAGACAAGCGCGACGGCAGCCACUGGGACGUCUUCAACUGCCACGAGACGGACCUGCACAGCGAGGCCCCCCAGACGGUCAGGAUGGCGUGCGUGGACGUCUCGGAGGGCAGCAACUGCCACAAGAUCGGGCUCGGGCACGGCGUCCCGGGGACGAUCCUCGAGAUGCCGCCGCGGUGCGGGCCCGGCAAGUACGCCGUCGCCGUGAGCAUGGCCCCGGCCGCCGACCAGUCGCUGCCCAAGCGGCUGGUGAAGAGGGCGCUGGGCCACGUGCCCGUCGUGUACGACCUGACCUUCGACUACGACUUCAGCCGCGUGCCGCGCGACCUCGGGGACACGCAACUGCGCAUCGACUUUAGCAACCAGGAGAACUACUGGGACGAGGUUGUGGCCGCGGCCGUGUCUAAGCGCAGCGCCAAGCGCCAGUUGUCGGACGGGGAGUACCGCGGCAACCACCGGCGCUGGCUGCAGGACGAGUGGCGCGACGACUUCCACGGGGCGGGCAGCGGUGGCGGCGCCGGCGCCGGCGCGCUGUCGAGGGACGAGCUGCACAAGCGCUGGUUCGGGAGCGACGUCCUGGCCUGGCUGUCGCGGAUGUUACAGCCUAAGAUCAGCCGCGAGUUCCGGCACGAGAUCAAGGAGGACUACAUCCUCAAGAUCCUCGACGACUCGGUCGAGUGCGGCAAGGGCACGCCGCUCGAGUUCGACGCUUUUAUCCGGGCGACGGCGACGGCGUCAGUCGACGUCUCAACCAGCUUCGGCAUGACGCUCACGGCCGUCAUCACCAGCGGCGGGCUCGACGUGACAGGCUCCUACCUGACCUUCUUCAACGAGGGCCACAUCUCGGCCGUCCUGCGGCUCGAGGCGCUCGCGUCCGUUAGCUACAGAAAAAAAGCCCGCCUGGCCAACAUACCCUUCCCGGGGGCCUCGUUCAGCAUCUCGGGCAUCGGGACCAUCGGCCCGCAGCUCAACCUCUACGGGCAGGUCGACGUGGGCCUGACGGUGUCGGCCGAGUUCGAGACCACCAUGGACAUCGCGUCCUGGGAGGUGCGCCACACCCUCCCCUCGCCCGACGGCGACCACGACCCCAAGGAGGUCGACACGGCCGACUACGACGACACGGGGUCCUGGGAGGGCCUGCAGAAGCCAAAGGUGUACGCGGGCAUCCUGGCCCAGGGCGACGCCAAGGCCCACCUGAUCGCCUCGGUCGACUUCGGCAUCACCUUUGCCGAGCGGUGGAAUCUCGACGACGCCAGGGCGUCGGUCGUGGCCGACGGCUGGAUCGGUGUCAAGAUGGGGGUGGGCAAGAGCACCGAGGUCGACUGCCCCUUCACGUACGGCAUGGAGGUCGGCGCCGACCUGUACGCCGAGGUGGUCUCGCCCAGCAUCUUUGGGUGGCGAGGCGCCAAGUACGACCUCCCCGGGCCGAAGCCCAAGACCCUGAUCGACGGCGGCACAUGCCCGGACCUCAGGUCGGGCGAUCCCAUCAAGCGCCGGGGCAUCGGCGCUGGCGGCCGCCACUGGCCUCGGGAGAGCAACACAAGCCACGCCGGCAUGUCGCCCGUAUCGGGACAGGUGCGGGGCCUGCUCCCGCGCGAGCCGGGCGUGCUGUCGAAGCGCGCCGAGCCCUUCGGGCCCGUGUUCCACGUUGGGCUCCAGGACCUCCUGUGCCCGCUAGACGACGACGAGCUCGACGACAACCCCGCAACCGAGUGCGAGACGGCUGGGUGGGAGGACGACGAGAUGGCGUCGGACCGGCUGUCGCUGGUCAAGCGGGACAGGAAGACUCCCACGCCCAAGUCGUUCUGCAGCGGGGCCGGGGUGGUGGUCUACAGGCCGCCCGCAUACCACACCUCGAGCACGCUGCAGAACGACUGCCCGACAUGCGUCAAGUACGGAUAUGCGAACCCUGGCAACUGCCUCGACUUCACCUUCACCACCAUCAACGCGCCGAUCCAGAACACGAGGCAGUACCAGACCGAGCAUGUGCUGGAGAUGCAGCUCCUGGGCGACUUCUUCGAGUGGGUGCGUCAGACGCAGCGGACGGGCAACAACUUCCCCAACCCGCAGACGGCGCAGACUGGCACCGUCGGCUUCUGCAACUACCUCAAGGGUUACUGGUACCAGCUGUCGGUGGCCGCGCGCAACCAGGUGGGCGGGAGGGACCCGAUCGACCUGGUGGCGGCCGAGUGGCCGAGCACCGACAACGCCGCGACCAAGGACGAGUUCAUGCUCGUCGACAAGGGCGUCAACAACUGCAAGGGCGCCAUGUGGGGUCAGGGCGCCAUCCGGCGCGACAGCGUCAUGAGGCGCUACAUCGACAACGCCAACACGCGCCAGAAGGCGUUCCAGAACCUCAAGGACUGCAUGAUGGCGCUGCGGUACAUGCGAGACCCCAUUGUCAGCAACACGCUCCUGCUGGAGAAGAACCGGGUGCGGGACCGACUGAACAACCUCGACACCAACGUCGUCGCCGGCCUCGUCCGGCCGGGCUACCGCGCCUGGCAGCAGCAGGGGCUGUCGGGCCUGUGGGACACCUUCAUGCACGACCGGGCCGUGCAGGCGCGGACCAAGGCCGAGACUCACAUCAGCACCUGGCUCGGGGAGUUGAUGACCAGGCACGCCAGCCCUGCCCAGAGACAGCAGGCCCAGCAGGGGGGCAACUCGCCGCUGAUACAGGCCAACGCAAGGUUUAUCGCAAAGCUUGAUAGGAUGCAACAGGAGUGGAAUGCUCAGGGGCAAUGGGUGCCUCCCUUUUAG